CACAUUUCUGUAGGAUGUGAAAGAACUGACACGCGACGAAAGACGAUUGCGACUUAUUAAUCCUCUGUAUCAGUUCGCGAAUUACAUUUUAAAAAGUGCCGUUAAUAUUGAAUUAUUGAAAAAUAUCGAGUAUCGAAAAUAUUAAAACGUGGUGGUAUAAAAAAAUAAAAUUGAACAAAUGUAAAUACCUGACCGAACUAUUUUUAUCUGUUAAAAUAAAUUUGAGAAGCAAUGAGUACAAUCGAAAAUCGUCGAUCGUUCGAUUUGGUCGAUUCAAUUGUGUUCAUCGGUAUGCUGAGCCUUUCUGCCUUCAUAGGCAUCUAUCAAUGGUACGCAUCUAGGAAGAAGACAGAUGCUGUGGGGGAGUAUCUUGUAGGCAGCCAGAAGAUGUCUAUUUUUCCGAUAAGCAUGUCAUUGAUAGCAAGUUACGUGUCAGGCAUAGCGAUGUUGGGACUGGCGGCAGAAAUGUACGUUUAUGGCACGCAAUUAUGGUGCAUUGUGAUUGCGGAUUCUUUUGUGUCCCUCACCAUGGCGGUCGUGUAUCUGCCUGUCUUCUAUGGACUCCGAAUAACAUCAUCUUACGAGUACCUAGAGUUGAGGUUCAAUCAGGUGGUCAGGCUCAUGGGAUCUGUUAUUUUCAUUAUCAAGAUGCUGCUUUACAUACCGCUGGUGAUAUACGUGCCGGCGCUAGCCUUCAAUCAGGCGACCGGAAUGGACCUUUACACGAUCGCGUUGGUCGUCUGCGCCGUAUGCAUUUUCUACACGACAUUAGGUGGUUUGAAGGCAGUCGUUUGGACGGAUACCAUUCAGACGGCGAUGAUGUUUGGGGCUGCUAUUGCCGUUGCCAUACUCGGCACAGCGAGAGUCGGCGGCGUGGCGGAAGUGUGGAAGAGGAAUGAUGAUAGUGGCAGAAUUGAGUUCUUCAACAUGGAUCCGGAUCCUACAGUAAGGCACACUUUCUGGACCGUGGUGGUCGGCAAUUAUUUAAACUGGUUGGCCACGUGCUCGGUGAACCAGGCGAUGGUGCAGAGAUGUCUGGCGAUGCCGAAUUUGAGGAAGUCUAACUUGGCGAUUAUGAUAAUGGCCGUAGGCAUAAUCAGCAUUGUCUCGUUAUGUUGCUAUACGGGAAUCGUCAUCUAUGCGGCCUUCUACGACUGUGAUCCGAUCACGACAAAGCAAAUACGAAAACCCGAUCAGCUGUUACCGUACUUCGUGAUGGAAUUGUCACACACUAUACCAGGCUUGCCAGGAUUAUUUGUUUCCGGUGUAUUCAGUGCAGCGUUGAGCACAAUGUCGACCGGAUUAAAUUCCAUGUCGGGCGUGAUCUACGAAGAUAUGAUUAAGCCGUGUCUUCGUAAACCGAUCUCCAACUUCGGCGCAAGCCUCAUAAUGAAAGCUACAGUUGUGAUAAUAGGAGCCAUUUGCGUGGGCCUCGUUUUCAUGGUAGAGAAAUUGAGCGGUUUGAUUCAGGCUGGCAAGAGCUUGUCUGGAAUAACCGCUGGGCCUUUACUCGGAGUGUUCACAUUAGGCAUGUUUUUUCCAAUGGCCAAUUCAAUGGGAGCAUUAGUUGGCACAUUGAUUAGUCUGAAUUUGGUUGCUUGGAUCUCAUUUGGUACACAAGCGGCGAUCUCCAGCGGAUCGAUUUAUUUCCCGGUGAAACCAGUAUCAGUGGAGGGAUGCUCCGAAUUGCUGAAUAGUACUAUCGGGAAUUUCACGAUGAUUGUAGAGACCGCUGUCAGAGAACAACCAUUCUUUUUGUACAGAAUAUCAUAUCUCUGGUACACGUGGGUAGGUUUUUUAACUACGAUCUUGAUAGGCUUGUUAGUCUCGUGGUUCACUGGACCAUCUAAGUACAAUCAUACAGACAAAAGAUUAUUUACACCCAUUAUACACUGUCUACUAUCCUCGAAGGAUCCUCAGAAAACGAAUGAGGCUGAACUCGAAAAAAUUACGAAUAAUGUAAGCGAUAUGAUGACACAAACUUCUUCGAAACAUUAGUGAUCGGUUCUUUUUUUUUCAAUCGUAGUUCAACUAAAUAAAAUAUAUUCUUAUUCAUACAAACCAAAU